AUGACAGAACUUGUAUUUAUCGAGGUAUCUUUUGAUUUCCGUUAUCAGGUGAACAACAUUGAGUGGUCUAAUAAGGAUGAGAAACAAAGUAGUUUUGACUUCAUAUUUAAUCAGUUCAAGACCUAUUACCUUCACAACAUAUUCCCAGAGUUUAACAAGCACACAAGUCUCUAUGAUCCUCUGCUAGACCUUCCUGUGUUACGCCCCAAUCCUGACCCCAGGGGCCCACCCACAAUACGCCCUGAUGCUCUGUCUCUCUGUCAGGAGGUGGUCAUCAAAUGGAUCACUACCUUUGUACAUUUGCCAAAGAAACAGGAAACAAAAAAAUCAGAACCGGCGGAAGUCCUGCAGCACCCCCCAGAGCAAGAGCCAGAUGAGGGAGAUGGUAACAGCGGAGAGGAGACGCUUCGGCCUGAAGACAGCUCCAUCCCACCAGAGAGCAGCACCAAUACCCUGACCUCCGCUUCCCACGGGGAUGCUGCCUCAACUAAAUCAAGUGACGACGAGGAUGAAGGACAGUUGUUGACUGAGUUUGAGAUUGUCCGCAGCGUUUUGUUUUCCACGCAGGAGAAUGUCAAUCUUGUUCAUGAAGUGUUUAGACAGGCACUGUUGUUGCCUUUUUACCAUAGUGGAGCUAUAAAGAAGGUUUUGGCAGUUUAUAAGGACUGGCUGCAGAAUGAAGCAGACAGACCCGUAUUCAUGAAAGAACCAAAUGAUUCUGCAAGGGGAAUCUACAACAGAAGAGAAAGUGGCAAUGGAAAGUUGGGAAAUAUAUCUGAAGAGAGCUCAUCAGAGGAAAACUCCUCCACAUCACCUCCACCAUCUUUUCUCCAACCUGAGCCCCAACCUGGUAUGCGGAAAAGAAACGACUCCUACCUUGGCGCCAUCUUCUCUUCCACGCCUGAUCUGGAAGCCAGCGUGUGUGCAGGUUUACAGAAUACACUGCAGGUUCUUAUCACCAAUACUGCUAACGUGUUCUUGUUGGAGCCCAGUGAGCAUCAUAAGGUGUUUUCAGAGCAG